AUGUCAGGUCUCGGUUUUGAUUGGUUGAAUAUACCAGGAAUAGAGAGCGAGACCACGGGAACGGCCACCCCCCCUCCUCCUGUGUCGUUCGGGGUAUCCCCGACCAGCUCCUCGAGUUCGCUGAACCUGGCUUCGGUUGCAAAGAGCUCACAUCACCCUGAAUCGCAUCUCAAGUUUGAUUCGUUGUUUGAGAAACUGAGUACGUCGGUACACCAUGACAUGAACAGGCGAGUGCAGAGUGCUGAUAACAUUGACAGGUUGAGGACGCCCGAGGCCCAAAGCACGCCAGAACUGCAGCACAGCGAGAGUAUGAACGGAACAAAUGAUGAGAUCGAAUUCAAAGAUGACCCGUCUAUUCCUCUGUCGUUGACCGCUGAUCAAUUGACCAGCCAAGAGGCAAAGACGUAUCUCCGUUGGUACAGCGAUAUGCUCACCAGGCGAGAGAGCAAAACGGUGAGCCUGGAAGACGUGUUUCAGUUCAUGAACAAUUUCGGGAUUAUCCCGAGCUUGAAGAAGCUUUUACAGAGGAUUUUUUCCAAGUCCGCACGUUCGCUGAACAUUGGUCAGUUCUUUGCAUUGCUACGGCUGGUGGCCCAUUGUCUCCAGGGCCAGCCUCCGUCCAGGUCGCUGAUAAAGGUGCAGGCGCCCGUUCCAAAGCCUAUAUCCAUUCUCUCGAGGAAGAGGAUAAAGGAGAGCGAGGAAAGCGGGUCCAAUGACGAGGUUGACGACGAGAUGGGUGUGGAUUCCAAGGAAGAUAGCAAGGAGAAGCUGGACAUCGAUAGCUUCACCGCAUUCAUGCUGACAGGCAGGCGGCCCGAGGAUGAGAGUGGUCCGAAGAAGAAGAAGCGGUCGGGCGGAAAGCAGGUGAAAUUUUCAGACCAAAUAGUCACCCAGGUUGAAACCGUUGACGAUCCACCCACUGCAGGCAGUCUGGACUGGUCUCUUCCGAUGGAACAGCUCCUCGGCAAAGUAUCGUCUUCUCAGAGAGAUGAGAAUGAAGAGGAAGAGCUGAGGGACAUGCAGGACUCCAUUAAUCAUUUCCAGAACGUGAACAUCGAUAGUGUGUCUAUCCAUGGAACUCCUUCCAACAUACCGUCUGCAUUCUUCGACCAGAACGGCAACUUGUCGCCGGCCCUGGACCAGGGUAACCUCUCGCCUGAGAAAACGCCUGCAAACUCGUAUUUCGAUUAUACGCAGCCUUUGGCGACCCAGUCGACUGGAAGUCUCGUCAAUCCGCAGCCCACGCCGGCCGUAGUCACGCAGCUCACUGGAGGUCCGAUAUCGGCUACUCCACCAAUAUCGAUUCAGGUUACCGGCAGUGCCAACGGGCUGAUGCCACCGCCACCUCCACCAAGACACAGAGCUACAUCAUCACCAGUGCAAUUCAGCAUAUCCUCGAGUCCCGUUGUUUCGUCGCCGCUAGCCCAGAACGGAAGAAUGAUGUCCCAGACUCCUCCACCUCCUCCACCGCCUCCACCAAGAUCUCGAGCUGCCACCGUUGGGUCCAGGCUGAAUCCUCCUCCACCCCCACCCAGGUCGCGGAAAAACUCCAGCCCACCUGUGAUGAUACCGGGCGGGGCAGAUUCGGCUUACGGCUCGGGAAACGGAGAGAACAUACUGGGCGACUUGAAAGCCUUGAAGGCUGAAGUGGAGCGAAUCAAGGCAAUGGGCAUACAAAACUAG